AUGGGCUCUCUCGACAUACCUCAAACCCAAACCGUCGCUUUGGUCCGCGACCUUGGCGGCCAGGUCGAGUUCAAGACAGACUACCCCGUACCGGUACCAGGUAGCAAUGAAGUCCUGGCAAAGGUGCUAUACACAGACCUGCACACCAAAUCCGGCACGGCCGCCGGACCAGACGGAAACCCCAUCACGAAGAUCAAGCUGCCUCAUGUAGGCGGACACGAAGGAAUCGGCAGGAUUAUAGCGCUAGGUCCAGGCAUCACGCAUAACACAGGACUUAAAAUCGGAGGCCUCGUUGGGAUUCGGUUCUCGAGUCGCAUCUGUCGGCGGUGCGAGUUCUGUCUUGCGGGAACGGAGCAGUACUGUGUGCAGAGUACGAAUCAUCUGCACCACGAAGACGGCAGCUUUCAGGAGUAUAUUGCGCUCGAUGCGGAUUACUUGACUGUGUUGCCGGAUGAUGUCGAUCCCAAGGUUAUGGGGCCGGUUUUGUGUGCUGGCUUGACGGCAUACAAGAUGCUGAGGGUCAUGCAGGCAGUGCUGAACGCCAAUGUUCGUCCUGGAAAUUGGCUCGUGGUUGUCGGGGCCGGGGGUGGUCUGGGACAUUUGGCAGGUAAUACCCCCUAUAAUAAAAUGACUGAAAAAACUAAGACUAAUGACUGGUCAGUCCAAUAUGCAAGAGCACAAGGUGCCCUCGUCAUCGGCAUUGACACGGGUCCCGGCAAGACAGACUUUGUUCUUGGUCUCGGGGCGCAGAAGUUCAUUGACUUCGCAGUCGAAGACCCCAUCAAAACGGUGCAGGAGAUCACAGGCCUCGGUGCACACGCCGUGGUUGUCACAGCCGGUAAUGCGAAAGCGUUUGCGCAUGCUUGCGAGAUGCUGCGGGUUGGAGGCACCUUGAGUUGUGUAGGCAUCCCACCAGGUCGGCCUUGCUUGGAGACUCCGAUCUGCACAAUCGUGAUCAAGGGUCUACGGAUCACAGGUAACUUGGUUGGGUCGUUGAAGGAAUGCAUGGAGGCGGUCGACUUGGUGCGGCGGGGUGUGGUCAAACCCGAAAUCAAGGUGCGCCCAUUCAAGGAGUUGCCCCAGGUGUAUGAAGAUUUGGAAAAAGGCGAUAUUGCUGGACGGAUUGUGCUCCAGGUCGCCGAAUGA